AUGGCGGUGGUGGGUCGCCGUGGGGUAGUGUGGCUUCUUACAGCUGUCCUCCUGUUCCUUCAGAUGGUGCAGACAAUCAAGUUCCCCUGUGGUAAGCUUCAGAGAAAUCAUGAAGCUGGUCAAGAGCAAAUCACAGGAACUACAGCAGGUCCAAAUGCUCAUCUUGAAAAUGAGGAAAUCACAGAGGCCCCAAGCAGCCAUCUGGAGGUCACUGGAGAGGCUAGCAGUUUACCCAGUGUGUCCUCGUGGCAGGCUGUUCUACUAGAAGAUGAGUACGAUGAAUGGUUUUGUGGGGGCACAAUUCUGAACGAAUAUUUUAUACUUUCUGCAGCUCAUUGCAUUAACCCUUCUAAAGACUUAUGGGUUCUCGUUGGAAUGGUGGACGAAGGAAAGGAAGAGCCAAGCAGAGCAGUGCACAAAGUGGAAAAAGCAAUUAUGCAUCCUGAAUUUAAUAGAAAAACUUACGACAGUGACAUCGCCCUUCUCAAAUUAGAGGAACCUCUCAUAUUUUCUGACCAUGUUGUCCCAGCAUGCCUUCCAGAAGAAGACUUUGCUAAUGACAUUCUGAUGAACGAAACAUUUGGAAUUGUCAGUGGCUUUGGGAACAUGUUUGAAAGAGAACGACCAGUCGAAAGAAUGAAAGUACUUCAAAUCUCUUAUGUGGACAAGGACACUUGCAAACUCGCCCUUCAAAAUCCAGUCACAGAAAUCAUGUUCUGUGCUGGUUAUGACAAAGAUGGAAAAGAUGCCUGCCAAGGAGAUGGAGGAGGCCCCCAUGUGACCCAAUACAAUGGCACUUAUUUUGUUACUGGUGUCAUCAGCUGGGAAGAAGGCUGUGGAAAUCGAGGGAAAUAUGGAGUAUACACCAACUUGACAAAGUUCCUACCUUGGGUAAGAAGUAUUUUGACAGAAAACUCUUAA